AUCUCCUCUUGCAUCCAACUCCUUGAGAGGGAGAGGCGAGCGUGUCCUCCUCUCUCUCGCAGCCGCCAGCGUCUAGAGCCACCGCGGACCGGCUUUUCACACCUCCGCCACCCCCCUCCCUUCUUCCCCGCCACUCCCUCCCAGAGAGAGAGAGAGAGAGAAGGAAAAGGAGAGAGAAAGAUUCUGGAAUUUGAACCUUCCCAAAGAGGAAACAUACCCAGCAAAGUCAGUUGAUUAAGCAUCAAACAAACAAACAGAUCCCAAAUCUUCUGUUCAACUGGAAAGGUCUUUUUCUGGAGUCCUGAGAGGCAGGUUAUGGGCAGGACUGCCUCUGGCCCGCACCAUGAAGCCUGAACCUGCUUCGGCUCUCCCCUGGGCCCUGCUCUGCCUGAGCACUCAGCUUUGGGCUUCCCCACUCCCUGCAGCCCCCUGCUGCUAGGAGGUAAAACUUCAGGACUGGUCCUUGGCCUGUUUCUGCCUUUCACCUGGCUCGCCUCACCACUGCUCACGCCUCCUCCAUCACGGCACCCCCACCCCAACCCUCUCCCCGGCCUCCCUGGCUGGGGCGUUUGGGGGUCCGUUGGGAGGAGUGCAUUGCUGAAGCCUUCCACCCGCCGUGUACCUUCUCCUCCUCGAAUCAAGGCCUCCGGAUCCACAUGGAUAGCUGAGAUCUUUUCUUGGAGGACACUUGGCUCCUCAUUCUAGUCCCCCACUUUCCCACCUGACUUUCCUCCUCUUCUGCUGCCCUGCCUUCUCCUCCCUCUUUGUCGAAUUUCUUGCUCUUGCGCCCAUCUGGGGCCGUCUUGUCCACUUUCCUUCUUCCUCACCCUCUGGAUAUUUGUGUGUGUGAGCCUCCGUCCUCUUGUGUGCUCUCUGUCCCUCCCCCAGGCCCAUCUCCUCUUCUUCUCUUCCUUCCGCUGCCAAGGGGGAUUUUCCCCUGAGGGCGUCCCCCGCCCGUCGUCGUCGGCUCCUCCAGGCUCGGUCCUGACAGCCACAAUGGGCUUCGCUGCAAACUCGAUUUUCUUCACCCUGAAGGUGAGCGUCCUGCUGGGGUCGCUGCUGGGGCUCUGCCUGGGCCUCGAGUUCAUGGGCCUCCCCAACCAGUGGGCCCGCUACCUCCGCUGGGAUGCCAGCACCCGCAGCGACCUGAGCUUCCAGUUCAAGACCAAUGUGUCCACGGGGCUGCUCCUUUAUCUGGAUGACGGUGGCGUCUGUGACUUCCUCUGCCUUUCCCUGGUGGAUGGCCGCGUGCAGCUCCGCUUCAGCAUGGACUGUGCGGAGACCGCGGUGCUGUCCAGCAAGCAGGUGAAUGACAGCGGCUGGCACUUCCUCAUGGUGAGCCGCGACCGCCUGCGCACGGUGCUGAUGCUCGACGGCGAGGGCCAGGCGGCGGAGCUGCAGCCUCAGCGGCCCUACAUGGAUGUGGUCAGUGACUUGUUCCUUGGCGGAGUCCCCGCAGACAUACGACCUUCUGCCCUGACCCUUGAUGGAGUACAGGCCAUGCCCGGUUUCAGAGGAUUAAUCCUGGAUCUCAAGUAUGGCAACUCAGAGCCUCGGCUUCUGGGGAGCCAGGGUGUCCAGUUGGACGCCGAGGGACCCUGCGGUGAGCGUCCCUGUGAAAAUGGGGGGAUCUGCUUUCUCCUGGAUGGCCACCCCACCUGUGACUGUUCCACCACUGGCUAUGGAGGCAAGCUCUGUUCAGAAGCCCGAGAGGAGAAUGUGGCCACUUUUCGAGGCUCCGAGUACCUGUGCUACGACCUGUCUCAGAACCCGAUCCAGAGCAGCAGUGAUGAAAUCACCCUCUCCUUUAAGACCUGGCAGCGGAACGGGCUCAUCCUGCACACGGGCAAGUCAGCUGACUAUGUCAACCUGGCUCUGAAGGAUGGCGCGGUCUCCUUGGUCAUUAACCUGGGGUCCGGGGCCUUUGAGGCCAUCGUGGAGCCAGUGAAUGGAAAAUUCAACGACAACGCCUGGCAUGAUGUCAAAGUCACGCGUAACCUCCGGCAGGUGACAAUCUCUGUGGAUGGCAUCCUUACCACGACGGGCUACACUCAAGAGGACUACACCAUGCUGGGCUCGGACGACUUCUUCUACGUGGGAGGAAGCCCAAGUACUGCUGACUUGCCAGGCUCACCCGUCAGCAACAACUUCAUGGGCUGCCUUAAAGAGGUUGUUUAUAAGAAUAAUGACAUCCGCCUGGAGCUGUCUCGCCUGGCCCGGAUCGGGGACACCAAGAUGAAAAUCUAUGGUGAAGUUGUAUUCAAGUGUGAGAAUGUGGCCACACUGGACCCCAUCAACUUCGAGACCCCAGAGGCAUAUAUCAGUUUGCCCAAAUGGAACACCAAACGCAUGGGUUCCAUCUCCUUUGACUUCCGCACCACUGAGCCCAAUGGCCUGAUCCUCUUCACUCAUGGCAAGCCCCAAGAGAGGAAGGAUACUCGGAGCCAGAAGAACACCAAGGUGGACUUCUUUGCUGUGGAACUUCUCGAUGGCAACUUAUACUUACUGCUUGACAUGGGCUCGGGCACCAUCAAAGUGAAGGCCACUCAGAAGAAAGCCAAUGAUGGGGAAUGGUACCAUGUGGACAUUCAGCGAGAUGGCAGAUCAGGUACCAUAUCAGUGAACAGCAGGCGCACGCCAUUCACCGCCAGCGGGGAGAGCGAGAUCCUGGACCUGGAGGGGGACAUGUAUCUGGGCGGGCUGCCAGAGAACCGUGCUGGCCUCAUCCUCCCCACUGAACUCUGGACUGCCAUGCUCAACUACGGCUACGUGGGCUGCAUCCGUGACCUGUUCAUCGACGGGCGCAGCAAGAACAUCCGGCAGCUGGCGGAGAUGCAGAACGCUGCGGGCGUCAAGUCCUCCUGUUCGCGGAUGAGCGCCAAGCAGUGCGACAGCUACCCCUGCAAGAACAAUGCUGUGUGCAAGGACGGCUGGAACCGCUUCAUCUGCGACUGCACGGGCACCGGCUACUGGGGAAGGACCUGUGAAAGGGAGGCAUCCAUCUUGAGCUACGAUGGCAGCAUGUACAUGAAGAUCAUCAUGCCCAUGGUCAUGCACACUGAGGCAGAGGAUGUGUCCUUCCGCUUCAUGUCCCAGCGAGCUUAUGGACUGCUGGUGGCUACUACAUCUAGGGACUCUGCGGACACCCUGCGCUUGGAGCUGGAUGGGGGGCGUGUCAAGCUCAUGGUUAACUUAGGCAAAGGACCUGAGACCCUGUAUGCGGGGCAGAAGCUCAAUGACAAUGAAUGGCACACCGUCCGGGUGGUGCGGAGAGGAAAAAGCCUUAAGUUAACCGUGGAUGAUGAUGUGGCUGAGGGUACGAUGGUGGGGGACCAUACCCGCUUGGAAUUCCACAAUAUCGAGACCGGAAUCAUGACAGAGAAACGUUACAUCUCCGUUGUCCCAUCCAGUUUCAUUGGCCACUUGCAGAGCCUCAUGUUCAAUGGCCUGCUCUACAUUGACCUGUGCAAAAAUGGCGACAUCGAUUACUGCGAACUGAAGGCUCGUUUUGGACUGAGGAACAUUAUCGCUGACCCCGUCACCUUCAAGACCAAGAGCAGCUACCUGAGCCUGGCCACCCUCCAGGCCUACACCUCCAUGCACCUCUUCUUCCAGUUCAAGACCACCUCAGCGGAUGGCUUCAUUCUCUUCAACAGUGGUGACGGCAAUGACUUCAUUGCAGUUGAAUUGGUCAAGGGGUACAUACACUACGUGUUUGACCUUGGGAAUGGUCCCAACGUGAUCAAAGGCAACAGUGACCGCCCCCUGAAUGACAACCAGUGGCACAACGUUGUCAUCACCCGGGACAACAGUAACACCCAUAGCUUGAAAGUGGACACGAAAGUGGUCACUCAAGUUAUCAAUGGGGCCAAAAAUCUGGAUUUGAAAGGUGACCUCUACAUGGCGGGUCUGGCCCAAGGCAUGUACAGCAACCUUCCAAAGCUGGUGGCUUCCCGGGAUGGCUUUCAGGGCUGUCUGGCAUCAGUGGAUUUGAACGGGCGCCUGCCAGACCUCAUCAACGAUGCCCUCCAUCGGAGUGGACAGAUCGAGCGUGGCUGUGAAGGACCAAGUACCACCUGCCAGGAAGAUUCAUGUGCCAACCAGGGGGUCUGCAUGCAGCAGUGGGAAGGCUUCACUUGCGACUGCUCCAUGACGUCAUAUUCUGGAAACCAGUGCAAUGAUCCUGGCGCUACGUACAUCUUUGGGAAAAGCGGAGGCCUCAUCCUCUACACCUGGCCGGCCAAUGAUCGGCCCAGCACGCGCUCUGACCGCCUCGCCGUGGGCUUCAGCACCACCGUGAAGGAUGGCAUCUUGGUGCGGAUCGACAGUGCUCCGGGCCUCGGUGAUUUCCUCCAGCUUCACAUAGAACAGGGGAAAAUCGGAGUUGUCUUCAAUAUUGGUACAGUUGACAUCUCUAUCAAGGAGGAGAGAACUCCCGUCAAUGAUGGUAAAUAUCAUGUGGUGCGCUUCACCAGGAACGGCGGCAAUGCCACCCUCCAGGUGGACAACUGGCCAGUGAAUGAACAUUAUCCCACAGGCAACACUGAUAAUGAACGCUUCCAAAUGGUAAAACAGAAAAUCCCCUUCAAAUAUAACCGGCCCGUAGAGGAGUGGCUGCAGGAAAAAGGCCGGCAGUUAACCAUCUUCAACACCCAGGCGCAAAUAGCCAUCGGUGGAAAAGACAAAGGACGUCUCUUCCAAGGCCAGCUCUCUGGGCUCUAUUAUGAUGGUUUGAAAGUACUGAACAUGGCAGCUGAGAACAACCCCAAUAUUAAAAUCAAUGGAAGUGUCCGGCUGGUGGGAGAAGUCCCGUCAAUCUUGGGAACAACACAGACGACCUCCAUGCCACCAGAAAUGUCUACCACUGUCAUGGAAACCACCACUACAAUGGCUACUACCACAACACGCAAAAAUCGCUCUACAGCAAGCAUUCAGCCAACAUCAGAUGACCUUGUUUCAUCUGCUGAAUGUUCAAGCGAUGACGAAGACUUCGUUGAAUGUGAGCCGAGUACAGGAGGUGAAUUAGUUGUCCCUCUUCUUGUAGAAGACCCUUUAGCUACCCCUCCUAUUGCUACUCGUGCACCUUCCAUUACACUCCCCCCUACCUUUCGCCCCCUCCUCACCAUUAUUGAGACCACCAAAGAUUCCCUGUCCAUGACCUCUGAGGCGGGGUUACCUUGCUUGUCGGACCAAGGCAGCGAUGGUUGUGAUGAUGAUGGCUUGGUGAUAUCUGGGUAUGGCUCAGGGGAAACCUUUGACUCUAACCUGCCCCCUACUGAUGAUGAAGAUUUUUACACCACCUUCUCCUUGGUAACAGAUAAGAGUCUUUCCACUUCAAUCUUCGAAGGUGGCUACAAAGCACAUGCGCCCAAGUGGGAAUCCAAGGACUUUAGACCUAACAAAGUCUCCGAAACUAGUAGGACUACUACCACAUCUUUGUCCCCUGAGCUGAUCCGCUUCACAGCUUCCUCGUCUGGGAUGGUGCCCAAAUUGCCAGCUGGCAAAAUGAAUAACCGUGAUCUCAAACCCCAGCCUGAUAUAGUCUUGCUUCCGUUGCCCACUGCCUAUGAGCUAGACAGCACCAAACUGAAGAGCCCACUAAUUACUUCCCCCAUGUUCCGUAAUGUGCCCACAGCAAACCCCACGGAGCCGGGAGUCAGACGGGUUCCGGGGGCCUCAGAGGUGAUCCGCGAGUCGAGCAGUACAACAGGGAUGGUCGUCGGUAUUGUGGCUGCCGCUGCCCUCUGCAUCUUGAUCCUCCUGUACGCCAUGUACAAGUACAGGAACAGGGACGAGGGGUCCUACCAAGUGGACGAGACGCGGAACUACAUCAGCAACUCGGCCCAGAGCAACGGCACGCUCAUCAAGGAGAAGCAGCAGAGCGCCAAGAGCGGCCACAAGAAACAGAAAAACAAGGACAAGGAGUACUACGUGUAAAAACGACGCCGCUAAUAAUCACGUGCACUUAGGACACAGAACUACUUCUCCGUAAAGCUGUAACUACUUGGCCAAUGAGAUUUCACAGGCGUCAGAACUGCUAUCGCUACGAGAUGGGGCGCACCAUGACUAUGGUGGGGAAAACCACUUUUAAAAGGACACACACACAGAUGUACCUACCUGUGAAGCUCAGCCAUGGCUGCUUUGAUUCAGUCAUCGCUCGGAGACAGAACAUUCUCUCUGCCCUGCUGUAUCAUAAAGCACACACGUUGCGCUCUGGAGCAAGCAGAUGGCUCCCCCCACUUCCACGGACUUGGAAGCUUCCUUCUCUUGAGGACUUUUCGCCCAAGGUAGAGGACUUCACGGCUCACUUGUUCCGUAACUCCAAGUGAGUCUGUAAUGAUGCUUGUGAAGCUUGACUGUAACAAUGUUUUCUUUUUUCUUUCCUUUUAAUUAUGUAAAAAACAAAAAAAAAAUGAAAAAAACGAAAUGCAAAAACCAAAAAAAAAAAACCCACCCUUAUCAAGGUUUUGGCCAGUGUACGUGUAACUUUUCAAGAUCUGAGGGGAAAAAAAAAUGGCUUUUGGGUUUUUGUUUAUUUUUUGAGAAUGGACAUAAGAAGAAAAGACAAACAAACAAACAAAACUCAGAAAACGACAGUAAGAGAGACUAUUGCCAUAUGAACUCAAAAGCUACCAUGGUGUUCACUCUACAUAUCAGGUUGUGGUAUUUCUAGAAUCUGUUGUUUGUUUCCUAUAUGAUGCUUUGCUGAACACAUAGCAAAAAUCACAGGAUGGAUAAUAGCAUUGAUUUGAAAAGCUGGUCCCUCAGGAUCUAAUUUCAGAAUCUGCCACCCAAACUCUGACCAGAUGGGUUUAGGGCUGGUUUUAUCAGAGCUAUUGGCUUGACUUAACAAUAUUGUUCCAAAUUGUGGUAAAGGAGAGAGUCCCGCAAACUAAAAACAGAGCCUUUCCGAGGGAAGGUAAAGAGGGGGUGGGCUGGAUCUGUGACUGACUGAAAUGCAUGCACAUAAUAAAAGACAAGACAAUACUAAAAGUCUGUGAAAGAAUCAAAACAGACAGUAGGGGAGUUCAACGUGUGAUGGAUCCACAAAAGGUCACACAAGCCAAACAUGGCAUGACAGAGUGCAAAAUACAUAGUUCUUCCCCCGCCCCCAACAUGAUGUUUUUCAUAGUGGUUUAAUUUUGUAGCCUGACACUUACGGAUAACUCUGCCCUUCCAUUUGCUCACAUCUCCCUUCACCCAUCUUUUCUAAAAACAAAUAAAUAAAUAAUAAAUUAAUAAAGCUGCUGUGACACACACAAAAAAAGGAAUUUAAUAGUAUAAUAUAUAUAAAUAAAUAUAUAUACAGAUAUAUUUAUCAUGGUAUGUUUGAUGGGAUGACUGAAACAGGAAAACUGUUAAAGUCUUGAAGUGGAAUGAGAAUGUUGUUUUAAAAGAAAAUAACAAAACAACAAAAAAGUAAACCUUAAAAUGUGAAGAAAGUGUGAGUUUUAGUUUUGUCACAGUUAACUGUGUCAAAGAGAAUAAACAAUCUUCUCAGAUUUUGUUUACAUAUUUUACUACAUUUUUGCUGGUAUAAUCCCUUAGCCACCUAUGUACAUACUGCUUUAAGAACUGUUCUUUCCUUUCUAUGGGUUUGUUUCGGUUUGUUUGGUUUAUAUUCCAGUUGUCUUUCUUUUUGAAAAGAGGAAACAAAUGUACAGAAAAACAAACUGGUUGUGUGGCCAUAGCUAAUCCAAAAAGCAAGAGACAAAGCAAGACAAAUAUUCACACAAAAAUGAUGUCUUCUGGAGGGCCGGAUAUAUACAAUUUCUUUUGUAUAGAUGAAAACCAACCAUCUGUUUAGAUUUAGAAAUCUACUCUUGCUGGUCUUUGUAAGUUGCAUGAAUAUUUGACUUUGAGAAAUAUCUUAAAGACAUGGGGCAAAAAGCGUGAUCUAAAUGAUGGUAGCCUUGACAAAUGUGUAUGGAAAGAGGUGUUCCUCAUUAUCUGAUACUUCAGUGUGUUACGAGUUUUGGAUUUUUUUUGUUGUCAUUAAAAAAGACAGGAUUAUAAAGAGAUAUCAAAGCACGAUUUUAGAUAAAUGGCCCAACCUAUAUGAAGUUGAUUAUAUCUCGAUGUCUGUAAAAGAUUGCUGUUUUUGGAGUCUUGAGGUCUUGUGAACCGAUUUCCUGCUUUCUUUACAUUUUUUUUUUAAUUUGAGUAAAAAUACAUUUGUUAUAUUCCUUUUAGUGUAAGUUUCUAUUUGGACAAUUUUAUGGGAACAUGUGCAUUCUGUAUGUGAGCUAUCAUAUUCCUGUUGUUUUAUGAGCAGACUCUUAAGGAAUUUAUUUUAUGAUGUUGUGAAGUUACUGCUUUUUCUUUUUCCUUUCUCUUUGAUUUCAUAUUUGCAUUUUCGUUCAAGGAUAUGCUUAGCAAUAAAAUGUUCUU